AUGGAUGCCAAAAUCAGGGAGUCACGCACUACGCUGUAUAAAGGAAUGAACCUAGGAGGCGUGGUGGAAUGGGCUGUCGACCUCGAACAGUUUGAAUCCGAUGCAACUUCCUCAGAUCCUCCAACUUCUACUGCAUCCGGUGCAUUUAGCACCGCGACUAUUGAAUCAACUGUUAAUCCGUACCUCUAUGCCUGCACGAAGGCUCAGCAAAAGAUCGUCACUCAAGCCUGGCAAGAAGCCUCAGAGCUAGCUCAAGGACAUUAUCAAUGGUCACCAGGCAGCAAAUGGCAAGACGCCAUGAGCUUAUAUUUUGGCCCUAAAUCGAAGGACGAUUACGCUAAUAUGACUCAAUCAACUUCAGGAAACAUUGAGAGGGAAUAUCUCGUUCAUUCCUCAAAUUUCUUCCAGCCCCCUGGUUCAACCUAUGCCUACUUCUAUUGUGAUGAAUCCAAGGUACCUGGAGGGAAGAAGCCCCAAAACGACAACUUGAAGUGUGCGAAACAGGGCGUGUCUGCAUAUACAUGGGACGAUCUUGGAUCGCUUUGGUCUGCCCAUUAUGUCGUGUUUUGUCCGAUUUUUUUCACUCGUAUGAGAAGCCUGACGGAAAUGGUGGUUUCAGCUCGCAAUGACAAAGUUAUGCAGCAAACGAUAGACUACUGGAAGGUCGUUCGGCCACGAAGUCUGUUUCACGAGACGUACCACUGGAGGAAAACAGUCUCACAGCCCAAAUGCAUUGACAUCGAGUAUGAUCCCAGGACUCUCGUCAGACUAGGCCGAUUAGAACCAGAAGAUGCAGCUAUAAACGCAGAAUCUUAUGCUCUCGCGGCUUUGUCAAUUUACCUCCAGCAGACGUUCAAACUCUCCAGUCCGCCUCAGCCAAAGCCCAGGCCGGCUAGGCCUGCUUCCGGGGAUGAAGUUACAAUUUCUGGGGCGGAUAUCACGGAAAUGCAUCUGGACGCUCCUCCGGACGGGUGGGAGCCAUCUGUGAUCAAUACAUCUAAAACCUUCGAGCCCGACAUGACCAAUACUGUGAGGAUGUCAAGCUGGCUGUGUUACACGGCCUACCACUCCGGUCUGCAAGGAAGGAAGUUAUUCUAA